AUGACAGCGUCCGUGAUACUUCAUCCCCGCUGGAUCGACACGGUAAUGUUCGUCUACGACAACAGUUUGGAUGAAAUUAAUAAAAACAUGGAUGGAUUUUCGGGAGGGAACUUCACAGCAAAUCAAUGCAGGAAUUUGAUGACCCAUCCAGCAUCCCUAGCUCCCAGCUCUGCUUACCCGUCGAGUGAAGUGCCAGCCACUGGCAUCGCUGAACCUGUCAAACAGUGCAGUCCUUGUCCUGCUCAAACUUCGUCCAGUGCCGCCCUUCCUUAUGGAUACUUUGGGAGCAGUUACUAUCCCUGCCGCAUGAGCCACCAUAGCAGUAUCAAGUCCUGUGCUCAGCCCUCUACCUUGUCUGGCUAUCCUGCCGACAAGUACAUGGACACGUCUGCCGGCGAGGAAUUCACCUCCAGAGCUAAGGAGUUCGCUUUCUAUCAAGGUUACGCGGGGCCAUACCAACCGAUGCCCAGUUAUUUGGACGUACCUGUGGUUCCUACCAUCAGCACUGCCGGGGAACCGAGACACGAAACAUUAUUAUCCAUGGAGAGCUACCAGCCCUGGGCAAUUACCAAUGGGUGGAACGGGCAAGUCUGCUGCUCGAAAGAGCAACCUCAAGCUACCCACCUCUGGAAAUCAAGCUUGCCAGACGUCGUUUCGCAUCCCUCGGAUGCGAGCUCUUUUCGGCGUGGGAGGAAGAAAAGAGUGCCUUACACCAAAGUGCAGUUGAAAGAACUUGAGCGGGAAUAUGCCACCAAUAAAUUCAUCACCAAGGACAAACGAAGGAGGAUAUCUGCAUCUACAAACCUCUCUGAGAGACAAGUCACUAUUUGGUUUCAAAACAGACGAGUCAAAGAAAAGAAAGUUCUCACUAAACUGAAAAGUAACAGCUAG